AUGGGAGCUCGCGUGAUUAAGAUCGAACGACCUGGUGUGGGAGAUUUUGCUCGCGCUUACGAUACUCGCGUCAAUGGCAUGGCAUCACACUUUGUUUGGGUCAAUCGAUCAAAGGAAAGCCUCGCUCUGGAUCUUAAAAAUCCAUCACAUCUCAAAGCUCUCAAGAAGAUACUAUCGACAGCAGACGUCAUGAUUCAAAACUUGGCUCCUGGUGCUACAUCUCGGCUUGGUCUCGGCCACGACGACCUCAUCAAGUUGAAUCCUAGUAUCAUCUCGUGCGAUAUAUCCGGUUAUGGAUCCAGUGGACCAUAUCAGAAGAAAAAGGCGUACGAUUUGCUCGUCCAAAGUGAAGUCGGGCUACUUUCUGUUAAUGGAACCGAGGAGGAGCCUGCCAAGGUUGGCGUCUCCAUAGCCGAUAUCGCUGCUGGCAUGUAUGCAUACACGAAUAUCCUGACGGCACUCUUUGAGAGACCCAAAACAGGCAAAGGAAAACACAUUGAUAUCUCAAUGUUGGAAAGCAUAGCGGAAUGGGUUGGGUUUCCAAUGUACUACGCGUAUGGUGGUCAGAGCGGACCAGCAAGAGCUGGAGCUGCCCAUGCCACGAUAUAUCCAUACGGCCCCUUUGAAGCCGGUGGAAACGAAUCCGUCAUGCUUGGUAUUCAAAACGAGAGAGAGUGGCUUAUUCUUUGUCGUGAUGUACUUGAGAAUGAGACGCUCGCUACUGAUGACAGAUUCAGCACUACCUCGCUUCGCAGCAAGAACCGCGUGGAGCUUUCGUCCAUUAUCUGCGACAAAUUUAAACAAUUCUCUGCUGCUCAAGUUAUAGAAAAACUAGACAAGGCUAGAAUCGCCAACGCAAAAGUAAAUGAUAUGGACGGUUUAUGGAAUCACGACCAACUCCAGGCAAGAGAUAGAUGGGUUCAAGUAGACACUGAAGCCGGGCCUAUUCCAGCCCUGUUGCCUCCUGGAACCAAAGAUAGUAAACACGCUCGUAUGGAUCAGGUGCCAACUGUCGGGCAGCAUACUCAGGAUAUAUUACACGAGUUUGAUAUUACUCUAGAAGACUAA